AAGAUUUAACUAAGAAUGCGUCGAGAGGGAAGCGGCAAGAUGAAGCAAUCUCCCACUUGGAUAUGUAUCUUAUUCUAUUUGACAUCACUGUUUCAUAACAGUGAACACCGCACAAUCGAUGGAAAGCCCCUCCAUCAUUUGAUGACAGAAGGGGAAUUGAAACGUUAUUUUGGCUCAGAGAACCUGUCAAAUGUCCCUGAAUACGAUGUCACAGUGCCGCUUGAGUCAAAGGAUGGCAACUUCGCCAAUUCGUACUCAAUGAAUGGCCGAUUUAGGAGAAGCCUCGAAGAAGACGAUGGUGCGACUUACCACUAUCAUAUUAACGCCCUAGGAGAAAAGCUACAUCUCCACGUUAAAAGAAACACAAAAUUUAUGGCUCCUGAUUUAAUGUUGGAAACCCGUGAUGGGAAUGGACAAAGGGUUUCCAGACCAGUGUCCAGGGAUGCGUUUGUGACCGGCUCAGUGGCUUCGGAUCCAGAUUCAGUGGUUGCAUUGAGUGUUAGAGAAGGGCUGACUGGUAUAGUGAGAAGAUCACGUGACACUUUCUUAAUUCAUCCUUUACCCAAACGGCUGGCUCGACACUUCGGAGAUAAAGAAGGAGCAAAACCACAUUUGAUUUACCGAAGAUCCUCACAAGAGAACAAUAGGUGUCAAACAAAUACAGAAACGAUUCCCCGAGAGAGGAGAGCUCGUCGCUCUUCAGAGAGAGCAGGCGGUGUUCAGGAAGACAACCACAACAGCGCAGUAAAUGAUAAAUACUUGGAGGUAGCGAUACUUGCUGAUGAAAGUAUUGUCGAGGUUCAUGGAAAUCACUCCGAGGAAUACCUAUUAGUUUUAGCCAGCAUAGUAGACGCUGGAAUUUUCCAAGAUCCAACUAUCGGAGAGCAAAAGAUCAAUUUUGUAGCAACUCGCCUUGUCUUUGUCAAAAACACUGAGUUCGGAGCCAAUUCUGCUUCUUCUGGUGUACGUCACUUGGACAUUAUUGGUAAAGUGGGAAAAUGGGCUUCAGAAAACAACAGACCAGAUGAAUCGGAUCCUUUGCAAUUCGACGUUGCUGUUCUUGUUCGUGGCGGUGGAAUAGGAGGUUUAGCAUCGUUUGGUGGAGUUUGUAAACGUACCAACACUGUUAGUGUGGUGAGGGAUAGUGGUCUUCAAACUGCAUCUUUCAUCGCACACGAAGUGGCACAUAACUUAGGGGUACCCCAUGAUUCCAAAGGAUCAAGUAAAAACUGUUCCAACUUUGUUAACGUCAUGUCAACGACAGGACAAGGAGGACCUGGUUCUUGGGAGUGGUCAUCGUGCAGCAAGGCAAAAAUUCAGAGUUUUCUCAAGAGCAGCAAAUCCACAUGUUUAAAUGAUCCUCCUCCCUCGACUCGUCCUAAGCUUCCCUCUGACCUCUACACCGAGCUACCAGGAGAACUCUUUGACGCAGAUAAACAAUGUUUGUUCCAGUAUGGCCCUGAAUACAGACAAUGUCCGCAAAGAAGGAGCGUCUGCGGUUCCCUUUGGUGCACAUCAAACGGACGCAACUGCUAUUCGAGCUAUUUAAGGGUAGCAGAUGGAGCACCAUGCGGACUGCGUAAAUGGUGCAUUAAAGGCUCUUGCGUCGAUAACGGCUCCCCAAUUAUCAAUGGAGGAUGGAGCGAGUGGUCUAACUACACGGAGUGCUUUCCAACGUGUGGAAGAGGAGUUCGCCACCGAGGAAGAACAUGCACCAACCCACUACCUGAAAAUGGUGGCGCAGACUGUGAAGGUCCUGCGAUAUCGUUCUGGGAAACCUGUAAUAACGAGGUCCCUUGUAACAUUUCUGAUGGUCAGCCAUCUUUUCGUGAUUAUCAGUGUAAAAGGAUAAACGCUGAUUCCAACGCUUACUAUCCUCCCAACCAUAACCCAUGUAGACUUGCUUGUCGAUCAGGGAGCACUUUUGGUUUCUAUGGAAACGUGCUAGACGGCACUCAAUGCAGUGAAAAUCCUUAUGUGUAUGACGUAUGCAUCGAGGGAGAAUGCAAGACGGUUAGUUGUGAUGGUAUUCUCAAUUCUGGAAAAGUAAAGGAUAGAUGUGGCGUUUGCGAUGGAAAUGGGGAUUCAUGUAUAUUAGUGAACUCUAGCUACACAAAGGACUACAAGAAAUAUUGGUCCGCAGACACCAUCGUUGUUCUACCACCAAACACUUCCCAUGCGAUCUUCCAGCAGAGAAACGUAAAACAAUACAACGUUAUUGGUGUUCAAUAUGAAAAAAAAGAUUUGAUUCCAAUACCAACUUGGACAGGAAAGACCAUCUACAAACAUGGAACAAAAAUUUCUUAUAUAAAUAACUACAGAAGUCCAGACCGGUUGGAAAUCGAUGGACCAAUAGCAGUGCCCCUGAGAAUAGUGUAUGUUCACCUACAGGCUCCCAAUGUGGCAGUUGACUACCAAUAUUACAGACCACUUGAGUUGAACGAGACUUCUAUGCCACCAACGUGUAGCUGGGUAACAACAAACUGGACUGACUGCUCUACAGGUCAGCAGACCCGUGAUGUCCACUGUGUAAGAGACGAUGAUAUGACCCCUGCGAGUGCUAGUUGCUGUGGAGAAGAUUCAAAACCUGAUGAAAUUCAGCUUUGUUUUGAAUGGCACGUUUCAAACUGGCAGGCUUGUACGAAGACAUGUGGACGAGGAAACCAAUCACGAUCAGUUGUUUGUCGCGCAAGAGUUUCUGACACUGACUAUCAAAUCGAGUUCGACGAAGUUUGUAACGCCACCAAAAAACCGAUCGAAACACGCUUCUGUAAUGAGAUAAACUGUCCUGCGUCCCGAACAACUCACUGGACAAAGUGUUCUACAGUCUGCCUUCCUGGGGUUCGAAAAAACUACACAAAAUGUUCACGCAUCAAUGCCCUGGGAGAAAACGAAGAGGUGUCGGAUAUACAAUGCGUUUAUGAAGGCAGCGCUCCACCAUCUGCCAAUGAAACAUGCAAUGACGACAACCCUUGUAAAAAGCAUGCGAUCGGCUGUUUUAAGACUCCUUCUGGCUUAUUCUCAAAGACCCUUGGUGACUUCAGAGCAGAGGCUAAGACAGAUCCGAACCAGGCCGUCAUGCAGUGCGGCGAAUUAGCACAUAGGAAUGGUUACCGUGUGUUCGCCCUUGGCUUUGAUGGUUUGUGCAUGUCAGGCGCGGACGCAAAAAACAAAUACUACAAACACAAACAGCCUGGCAGAAAAACUGAAGCAGAUAAAUGCUCGGGAGUUAUUGGACAGGGGCCAUUCAGUGUUGUUUAUUCCUUUGAUCCGUUGCCAGAGUAUGAACCAGUUGGAUGCUUCAAAGACAAGGAAGGUGACCGCGCGAUGUCAGAUAACUACGCAAAUUUCCGAUUCUUCAUCGACUGGCACAACUUGAACUCUACAAUCCGCCAGUGCGCACUCGUUGCCCGAGAUAAAGGCUACAAGUACUUCGCAGUUCAAUUUUACGGAGAAUGCUGGUCCUCUCCAGACGCUGCAGAGACUUAUAACAGGCAUCAUCCACAAAAAGAUCUGAAGAAAUGCCGGUCGGGUGUGGGAGCUCCCUUUACAAACUAUGUUUAUCGAUUCAAACAGAUAAAAACCAGGAAAACUGAGCCAGACCAUGACUCGUCUUCAAACAUUGUGGACAAUAACAAUGCUAAUAUCAUAGCCAAAUAGUGAUUUCUAAAUUGUCACUGUCAUAGUACACAUGUUUAAUAUAAUUCACGAAGCAGAGCUAGGAUUGGCCGCUCUAGAGAAUUUAGCAGAGAAAAUUAGGUUUUAAAUGUCAACGCUUUUUGAAAACUUAUGUAGAACGAUCUUGUUGGGGUCUUUAAAGGCAUCAAGCGCUAAUAAAAUAAAGAAAAAGAACGUUUUA